ACGACCCAGAAUUCGCAUCUAUAAGAUCUUUGGUGCCCACAAUUUCACAUGUGAGCUCCACAACCUAAUUAGAUCUUUGGUGGUUUGUGACUUGUGAGGAUUACUAGUUACCGAAAACAUAGUUUUUCAAUUUUAAUUUUAAUUAUCAACCUUUUAAAUCAAAGAUCUGUUGGGCGUGAGGCUUAGUGUCUCACUUUCGAGUUCUCUCACAAAACAAAAGAAUAACAAAAUUUAGUUAGUUAAUUAAACAUGGGUAACGCUUUUGGCAUGAAGAAGACGACGAAGGUGAUGAAGAUCGACGGUGAGACAUUUAAGUUAAAGACUCCGGUGAAAGCUGGGGAAGUCCUUAAGAACCACCCUGGCCUUGUCCUUCUUGAAUCGGAGAACGUGAAGCACUACGGCACAAGGGCCAAACCCUUGGAGCCGAACAAGGAUUUAGUACCAGGGAGGCUUUAUUUUCUUGUAGAGCUUCCCACCAAGAACUCUACCACCCAACCCAGAAGGGUUCGGUCGGCCAUUAAUAUGAGCGCCAAGGACAGACUUGAGAGCCUCAUGCUAACUCGGAGGUCGGCUUCCGACCUCUCAAUCCUUAAACAAAAGGACAAGAACAUUGGUAACGAUAGUGAUGGUAGUAGUAACGGUAGUAAUAAGAAUGGUGGUGGGGUUAGGGUUAAGAUGAGGGUUCCAAGGGCUGAGGUGGAGAAGUUGAUUCAAGGUUGUAAGGAUGAGGCUGAAGCCGCUGAGAAGAUUAUGAGUUUGUAUAAAAAUGGUGGAAGAGAGAGUUAUGGUGGUGGUAGUAGUAGUGGCAGUAAUAAUAGUAGUGGCGAGAUAAUUGAGGAGAAUAAUAACAAUGGUAAGAAAAUGAUGGAGUUGUUGGAUCAACAAGUUCAAAGGAAAAGUGGCAUGAAGGCAUCUCGUCAGAAGAGGAAGGUGAGUUUUAUGCCAAUUAGCGAAGGAGGGAUUCAAAUAGCUGUUGCAUCAUAGUAAUGAAACACAAAAAAGGAUCAUAUAUAUAUACAUUAGCCAUAAAUCCAUACACUUAGCCUUUGUCAUGUUAUUAAUAAGAGUCAUGUUAUUUAUACUAUAGCAGAUUGUUGCAAAUCUGAUUAAUUUUUGCUUCCCUUUGUUAUUAUGGUAUACUUAUGUCUGUCGUAUAAAUAGCAUAACUCUUAGAAUGGUACAGGGGAUUUACACCUUGUUUAUGUAACAUAUAUAGCACAUUCUGAAUAUUUUGAACCAUAUGAUGAUGGUUAAGCUUUUCUUACA